AUGGCGGAGCGAAAGAAGCUUGUGGUUGUCGGCCUGGGCAUGGUCGGCAUCGCCUUCAUCGAGAAGAUGCUCAAGCUCGAUGCCCGCACACGCGCCUACGACAUCAUCGUCAUUGGGGAGGAAUCACAUCUGGCCUACAACCGUGUCGGCCUGACAAGUUUCUUCGACCACCGAAAAGUCGAGAACCUCUACAUGAACCCAAAAGAAUGGUAUGCUGCCGCACCCGAAGGAGCUCUCGGCUACCACAUCAACACCAAAGUCACAGAUGUCGACGCCAAGGCCAAGACGGUGACAUGUUCCAACGGCGAGGUUGUUUCCUACGAUUCCCUCGUCUUCGCCACCGGCUCCGAUGCCGUCCUACCCCGCCACACCCCCGGACACGACGCGAAAGGCGUCUUCGUCUACCGAACAAUUGACGAUCUGAUCAACCUCAUUGAAUUUGCUGAACAUAGGAAAGGAACCGUCGGCGCCGUUGUCGGUGGCGGCCUGCUUGGUCUCGAGGCCGCCAAUGCCAUGAUGGAUCUCAAGUGCUACGACAAGGUCAAGCUUAUCGAAAGGAACCGAUGGGUGCUCAGCCGUCAGCUCGACGCCGAUGCUGGUACCAUGGUUGUUGAACAGGUCCGGGACCUCGGCCUCGACGUUCUCCUCAGCAAGCGCGUUGGUAAGGUCGAGGUGGAUGCCGACAACUAUGUCACGGGCGUUCUGUUUGAGGACGGCGAGCAGAUGCCAUGCUCCACGAUCUGCUUUGCCAUUGGCAUUCGACCGAGAGAUGACCUCGCCCGCAAGGCCGGUCUCAAGUGCGCCGAUCGUGGCGGUGGUAUCAUCGUCGGCGAUGAUCUGAGCACCAGCGAGCCCGAUAUUUACGCCAUUGGCGAGUGUGCCAGCUGGCAGACCCAGACAUUCGGCCUAAUCGCUCCUGGUGUUGAGAUGGCCGACGUCUUGUCUUUCAAUCUGACACAAGCUCACCUGCACUCGCCUCGCGUCUUCAAGACUCCGGAUCUGAGCACAAAACUCAAGCUGCUUGGAGUCGAAGUCGCCAGUUUUGGUGACUUCUUUGCUGAUCGCGACGGGCCCAAGAAGCUGCCCCCUCGUGCGAAGCGUGCCAACAAGGAGAACGUGCAAACGGCUCUCGAGACGCUCACCAACGGCCUACCGCCAGCACCAGUCAAGGCCCUGACCUACCGCGACCCCUUCUCCAACGUGUACAAGAAAUAUCUGUUCACGGAAGAUGGCAAGUACCUUCUUGGUGGCAUGAUGAUUGGCGACACACGCGAUUAUAUCAAGCUUGUACCCAUGGUCAAGAACAUGAAAGUUCUCGAGAUCCCACCGAGCGAGCUCAUUCUUGGCGCGAAAAAGGAUGGGGAGGAUGAUGGUGACGAUCUAUCCCACGACACCCAAAUUUGCUCGUGCCACAACGUGACCAAGGGCGACGUCGUCGACGCCGUCAAGGACGGCUCAUGCACGAGCAUCGGCGACAUCAAGGCGUGCACCAAGGCCGGCACGGGCUGUGGCGGCUGCAUGCCCCUCGUGACGACAAUCUUCAACAAGACAAUGGCGUCAAUGGGCAACGAAGUCAAGAACCACCUGUGCUCUCACUUCAAAUACUCGCGUGCCGAGCUCUACCACAUUAUCAUGGUCAAGAAGCUUCGUACGCUCGCCGAGGUUAUGCGCGAAGUCGGAACCGAGCCCGACUCGCUUGGCUGCGAGGCCUGCAAGCCCACAAUUGGCGGCAUCUUCUCCUCGCUCUGGAACCGCCACGUCAUGGACAAGCCCCAGCACGGUCUUCAAGAGACCAACGAUCGUUUCCUCGGAAAUAUUCAGCGCAACGGCACAUACUCCGUUGUGCCUCGUAUGUCGGGUGGUGAAGUCACUCCUGCGAAGCUCAUUGUCAUCGGCCAGGUCGCUGCCAAAUACAAGCUUUACACCAAGAUCACUGGUGGCCAGCGUGUCGACAUGUUUGGUGCCCGCCGGCAGGACCUGCCUGCUAUCUGGCGGGAGCUCAUCGCUGGAGGCAUGGAGUCUGGCCACGCGUACGCGAAAUCGCUGCGUACUGUCAAGUCCUGUGUCGGAAGCACGUGGUGCCGUUACGGUAUCGGCGAUUCGGUUGGCCUCGCUGUCCGUCUCGAGGAGCGCUACAAGUCCAUCCGAGCGCCGCACAAGAUCAAGGGUGGCGUCAGCGGUUGCGUGCGUGAGUGCGCUGAAGCGCAGAGCAAGGAUUUUGGCCUCAUCGCCACGGACAAGGGCUUCAACAUCUACGUUGCCGGCAACGGUGGUGUUACGCCGAGGCACGCGGAGCUACUUGCCAAGGACGUACCGCCCACCGAAGUCAUCCCUAUCCUUGAUCGCUAUCUCAUGUUCUACAUCCGCACCGGAGACAAGCUUCAGCGGACAGCGAGCUGGAUUCAAGCGCUGCCGGGUGGCCUGAAGUAUCUUCAGGAAGUCGUGCUCGAGGACAAGCUCGGCAUCUGUGCGUCCCUGGAGGCACAGAUGCAGGAGCUCGUCGACAGCUUCUUUGACGAAUGGGCUGAGGCACUUGCGACGCCCUCGAUCAUCAACAAGUUCAAGCAGUUUGCCAACACGGACGAGUCGGUUGAGAAUGUGGAGAUUGAGGCGGAGCGCGACCAGGAGAGGCCCGUGUACUGGGCGCCAGAAGCGGCCAAGGAGGACUUCAAGGCGCUCAAGUCACGGUGGACAUCGAAGGAGUGGGAGCCUCUUCUUGCUGCCUCCUACUUUGCCGGGGCCGACGAUGCGCCGAACGGCAUCUCGGCGACGAUCAAGCGCGGCGACACGCAGCUCGCCGUGUGGCGUGUUCGCGGAAAGUACUAUGCCACGCAGCAAAUGUGCCCGCACAAGCGUGCCUUUGUGCUGUCGGAAGGCCUCAUCGGCGAGGCUACAGGCGCAGACACGUGCUCGGACGCGCCCAAGGCGGACUCCGGGUGCAGCACCAACGGCGACGCCAAGAAGUCGGCGCCGUGGGUGUCGUGCCCCUACCACAAGCGCAACUUUGACCUCGCCAACGGCGACUGCAAGAACGAUGGCGAGCUGAGCAUCGCGACGUUCGAGGCCGAGGAGCGCGCUGACGGCAUGGUGCACGUGCUGCUGCCGCCGGUGGCCGAGCUCGACGCCGAACUCGGUACGGCCAAGUGGAAGGUCAAGAAGGGAGAGUCUGGCCAGGCGCCGUUCGCGGGCCUCGACAAGGCCGUUGGUUUCAAGGGCAUUCGCGGAAAGAAGCCUGGCGUCAAGCCCUUUGCGCCGCUCAAGAUGAACAGGCCAGUGGAGGUGCUUGCCGGAGGCGGAUGCGGAAGCGCACCGGAUUGGUAG